GAAAGCGUGAACUACGACCAGGACACCAACCGACCUUACGAGUCUGACCACAACACAAAAGUUGUGGAGAAGCGGCCGUCAGCACACUACCUCGUGCAGUCAUCCCAGGAGAAAAUCUUCAUAACUGUACUGUACUUUUGAGUUGUGACCAUGGAAAUUCGACUGGCAAGUGAGCUCCCUCGAGUAAAGGCAAUGGUUGGUCCUCAAGGAUCAGCAAGACCUAGGCUAGUUACUCCUGGAGAAAUCAUAUCCCAAGAUACAAGCUUUAUGAGAGGUCAUGGCACAUAUAUGGAAGAAGGUGUUCAAGUGGCAUCAGUGGCAGGAUAUGUGACUCGCGUGAAUCGCCUCAUAACAGUGACCCCUUUGCGGCAAGUAUAUCAAGGUGCAGUUGGUGACACAAUAGUUGGACGCAUUACACAGGUCCAGAACAACAGGUGGAAAGUUGAUGUGAACUCAAGAUUGGAUGCAGAACUCAGACUGUCAAAUAUUCACUUACCAGGAGGAGAGCAGCGGCGCAGUAAUAUGGAUGAUGAGCGUGGGAUGCGAGGAUUGCUGAAGACUGGGGACUUAGUGUGCGUGGAAGUUCAGAAGAUCAGUGAUGAUGGCUUACUGAGACUUGCAGCUCGAUCCAUCAAGUUUGGAAAGCUUUCACAAGGCACUCUACUGGCUGUAUCUCCCUCACUUAUUGUGCAGGAUAAGCAGCGGAUGCAUGACCUUCCUUGUGGCGCACGCGUUGUGUUUGGAGCAAAUGGUUAUGUUUACAUAACGCCAACAGUUCCAAAGGAACAAGCCUCAAGCUACACAGUAAACUUUGAAGAGGUGCCUGUUGACAUUCGGAAAACAAUUGGGCGUUUACGGAACAGCAUUAAACUUUUGGCACAUCAUUCCAUCAUGAUAUCCCCAACAAGUGUGAUGACUGCCUUUGAUUUAUCUAUUGAACAAGAAUAUGAGGUAAAGGAUUUGUUAAAGCCAGACAUAAUGCAGGAUUUAGCCAUGACAACAGUACAGAUGAUGAAUGAGUAAUACUCUCACUUGGAUACAAAUAUUAAAGUACUGUAUUGUAA